GCAGACGUAAGCUGUGAGAGCUGGAGCUGCGACCAGAUCCAAAGACAUUUCCCGUACUCCAGUACAAAUCCCAACAACACCACGUCCCUCGGCCCAGGACUUCCCAAUCAAGGCCCGAUAUAUUCUUCGGCUGGACGUCUGCCUUGUGUAUCUCUCGCUUUCUUCAAAAUGAGGCCAUUGGCGAUUGCAACGGCGGUUCUUUCCUUUACAUCUUCAGUCUUCUGCUCGGAUAACAGCAAUCUGACGAAACCACUUACCUCGAAGAUUAUCCUCCCUUCGAAUUUCAAGCCCGCGCAGAACUUCAAAAAUGCCAAUUUGGUGCACAUAAUCAACCUCGAGAAGAGCUAUCCAAAAGAGUCAAUUAAUAUGUUAAUUGAGAAUAUCGCCAGCACAGCUCAGGAUGAGUACUUCAUCCCAUUCACAACGCAGCAGAUGGCCACAAUUGGAGGCUUGGAAGUAAAGGACAGAAAAGAUCCAGAAGCUGGACUCUUCCAGGUAGAUGCCGUGGAGUUUGAUCCCGAGAGGUACGAGUCUAUACUCCACUCCAUAACACGGCAUGGUUUGCUAAUUAUCCGGCAGUGACACCCAAUUCUACCGCAUACGUCUACCAACACCCCUAGAACCAAAGGCCCAACAAACUUUGGGAAUAUCCUUCUCCUACCUCUCCGCCUUGAACCCAUUGCCAGCCGCGAUUGCCCAGGCUGAUAAGCAAUUCUUGGUUUAUGAAUUUUCAGCAUACUGCCAAUCAGCAUAUGUAACGUUGAAACAGAAGACGGAGGUCAAAUUCUCAAACGCCAACAUUCCGGAAUACACUAUUGUUGGAGAGUCUCCGCAGAAGGCAGGAACCAAAUUUACAUAUGGCUCUUACGAAGAGUUGCCGGCAGGUGCUUAUGAGCCUGUCCGGGUUCGAUACGAAUUUACGAGUCCAUUGAUCCAUGUUUCUCUGCUGGAGCGGGAUAUUGAAGUUAGCCACUGGGGUGGAAAUAUUGCUUUCGAAGAACGGUACACCAUGACCAACAGGGCUGCGAAACUUUCCAACCCUUUUUCCAGGGUGGAAUGGGCUUCUGCGCAAUACUACAAUCCUGCUACUUCUGCGGUCAAGUCCUUAACCUUCCCAUUGCAGGUUGGAAGUUUGGAUCCAUAUUUCACAGAUGUUAUUGGAAACGUCUCUACCUCAAGAUUCAGAAGUAACAGGAGAGAGGCCAGCCUUGAAAUCAAGCCUAGAUACCCGGUCUUCGGAGGAUGGGAUUAUCCUUUCCGUGUAGGAUGGAGCGCAGACUUGAAAAAUUACUUGCGCACAUUGAAGAGCGGAACUGGUUACGUUCUCAACGUACCUUUCCUCGAAGGCCCAAAACAAAGAGAGGGAACGGAAUACGAGCGGGUUGAGUUGAGAGUUAUUCUCCCAGAAGGAGCAGAGUAUGCCCCCCACUUCCCGUAUCAAUCCCACACCAGCACUAACAAAAUUUAGGAACGUCCAAUACCACACCAGUAUCCCAUUGGUCAGCACAUCCGCUCAACUCCACCGUACAUUCAUGGACACAACCGGUCGCACAGCCCUCACUCUUACCGCCAUCAACAUUGUCGAUGAAUUCCGGGAUCGUGAAUUGAUCAUCACAUACGAUUACCCUUUCCUAGCCGGCUUCCGAAAACCAAUCGUUAUCUUCGCAAGCAUGUUGAGUUUGUUUUUCGCGGCGUGGGCAAUUGGAUCGGUGGAUGUUUCUAUCAAAGGAAAGAAAAGGUCGUAGAUGUUGGGACUGAUUUAGCUGGGUUUAUGGGUUUUUUGGCCGGCAAAAUGUUUGCUUGUAGCAUGUAUAUUACAGACUUGACCGGGACCUAGGUAAUUGUAGAAUAUUAAAAGUUGGAUUCUUGAAAUGGG